CUUCUUCCUCGCUUUAAUCUGUAACUUUAGUAGCGGAGUUUGUUCUGUUUGUUACAUUUAAUAUAAGAAGAGCUUGAAGAACUACAAACCACAGAAGAAGAAGGAAAACAGUGACGGCCAGAAUAACGACAGAAGAAGAAGAAGUUUGGCUGGAGCCGUUGGAGCUGUUUCACCUCAUUAAAGGAGGAAGAGAAGUGGGCGUGGUAAGAUGAUGGAGGAGACGUCCGGCACCACAGAAGAAGAGGAGACUCCUCCGAGGGAUGCGAACAGUAACUGCAACCACACCGACAACAGCGUUGCUUCCUGUCCAGCUGAGGCCGCCAUGGAGCCGGGGCAGAGCAAAGAACUUCCAGUGACGCCUCAGAAACUAGGACCUGUAGUUGUUCAAGGAACCAACAAGAACGCAGCCAGUGAGAAGCUGGAGAGAGUCCGCAAGUGGAGCAUCACCACCUACAAGUGCACCCGCCAGGCUCUGGCGGAGAAGCUGGGCCGCGGGUCUCGUACGGUGGACCUGGACCUCGAGCCUCGCCUCGAGCUGCUCAAAGACGACCGCCAACGCUACGACGGCGUGACCAAGCUGGCUCAGACGCUGGCCAAUCAGCUGGCUCAGUUCACGGUGACCCAGAAGACCCUGGGGGACGCCUUCGCCGACCUCAGCCUCAAGACGCCAAACCUGCACGUGGAGUUUGGUGUGAACGCAGAGGCUCAGAAGUUUCUGUCAAAGAGCGGCGAGACUCUGACGACGGCCAUUAACUCCUUCACGUCCGACAUGAACACUCUGGUCAACAAAACCAUCGAGGACACAAUGAUCAGCGCCAAACAGUACGAGGCUGCCAGGGUCCAGUACGACGCGUACCGAGUGGACCUGGAGGAGCUGAACCUGGGACCCCGGGACGACGUCACCCUGCCCAAACUGGAGCUGGCCCAGAAGGACUUCCAGAGCCAGAGGGAGAGGUACCAGAAGGUCCGAGACGCCCUGUCCAUCAAGGUCAAGCUGCUGGAGGAGAACAAGGUAAAAGUCCUCCAUAACCAGCUGUGGCUGCUCCACAGCGCCGUGGCUGCCCACAGUUUAUCGUGUCAAAGCUUCCUGGAGCAAAACAUCCAGCAGGCCGCCGAAAACCUCAACAACCCGAGCGUGGACGCCCCCUCCUGGCUGGAGGAGAGUUGACAGCCAGAACUGGCCAUGUGACCAGACGCUGGUUCGGAGGGUAUUUUUGGUUUAAUGGACUAGAAAUGUUGAAAAUGGUGGGAGAGUUUUGGGAUAGUUAGGCGGGUAGGUAGUUUAUUUAUACCACAGAGGAACUGGGAGUUUGUUAGUUUGGGAUGAAUUUCCAGCAUCUGGAAAGCGGCAGAAAUGGGGAGUUUGAUCAUUUAGACCAGGGGUGUCAAACUCAAAUACACAGUGGGCCAAAAUGUAAAACUUGGACAAAGUCGCGGGCCAACAUUGAUAUUUAUUGAAAAAAUGGACCUAAACAAGUUCAAACGAAAUGGAAAAAGCAAAGCUUGAUAUAACUUAAUAUUGCAAACAUGCAAAAUCAAAUAUCAAAUAAAACAAACAAACACAUCAAUGGCAUUCAUUUCU